UUUUAGAGCUGCAAAGAUGAAUCUGUUGGCUUUUGCUCAGCUGUCUUUACUAUUUAGUUGGACUUAUGUUCAUUCAAUGAAGAUCCGCCUCAUGACUGGGGCAAAAGAAACCUUCCCCUUAGACAUGGCUGAUGAUUCUGUGGAUGACAUGUACUUUGGCUGCAGCAAAAUGAUGGAAACAAAGAUCAACAACGAAUUCUUUAAGAAAGAACUCAAAACAAAUUUCUCUGAUAUUUGGAGAAAAGCACAAACUUGUGCAGAUAGACCCACAAACAACAAGUUGUUGACUAGGAAUCACAGACAGGCAAUUUGUGUUUACACGUCCAGCCACAACAACUUUUACCAAACCUUUAAUUCAGCUGUCAGGACCCAGAGAAAUGCCUAUGGCACCUCUUUCCCCUAUCAUUCCUUACUUUUCUGGCUCACAGAUGCCGUUCAAAUCCUCAACAAAGAAAAGGAGUGUUUGACAACUUACCGAAGAACCGAUCUAGCAUUUACUGGCAAUGUUGGUCAACUGAUUCGUUUCGGCAAUUUUGCAUCUACCUCUAAACUAACCAACCUGACCGACUUUGGUACUAAGACUUGCUUUGAAAUUAGGACAUGUCUGGCUGCGUAUUUCGGAGAACUCUCAGAAUUUAAUGAUGAACAAGAGGUGCUCGUACCUCCAUAUGAGUUGUUUAAUAUAACUGAAAAAGACACCACUAGAAAAAAAAUCCCUCAUUGUGAAACUGUUUAUAAUUUGCAGUAUGCAGGAGUCCACAGCAAUCUGAACUGCUACACUGCCAAGAGCAACAUCCUUGAUAAAUGAUACAUGACACAUGACCAGAAUUUCCUUCUAACAUUGAAAUGCAGCAGUUGCUUGAACCCAAAGCACCAGAUAUGUGACUUCCUAAAGAGCAGGAGAGCACAUGGUGGAGGAUGAGAGCAGAAAAACACUUUGUCCUUGCUGGCUUUAUCUUUCAUCCAUCAGAUUGGUGUGUUUCUUUUGUUGCUUUUGAACAAAUAUAGAAAUUCCCAUUUUCAGAAGGGUCAUUAAUAUCAUUAUAAAGCUUUUAUUUUGAUUUGUAGUGUGGAAGACUAUUUUUAAUGAUCAUUUCAAUGCAUUCUG